UCUCACUUUUCUCUCUGAAUGGCUGAAUCCGAUCCCCAGAGCACAAGAUCUUCAAUCAUGGAAUGGAAGCACCUACACCCACUUCACCAAAUCGCAGAAACCCCAACGCACAGGCUUCUACUGAAACAAUGGCUCAAAGAGGAAGACCUCAUCCUCAAUCGAAUCGCACUCAAAGAGACCCAAAUCGACUCUGUUCGCAAAGAAAUGACGAUGCUCUACAUCUUCUUCUUCCUGUUCCACUCCACAUCUCUCAUGCUCCUCUUCAACACAGCGUCUUCAUCCAAACCCCACAUGGAAAAGGCCUGUCACAGAUCGUGGAUCCCAUCUGUGUGCUCUCUGUUAUUCUCUCUGGGGCUAAUCUGGGCGGUGAGGUACAAGAGCGACGUGGAGUCGCACAUGGAGAAGCUUCUGGAGAGAGAGAAGGAGGACAGGAGCUUGUUGGGAAAGUGUGUGGAGGAGCUGAAGAAGAAGGGUAUGGAGUUUGAUUUGCUGAAAGAGGUUGAUGCUUUGAGGAGGGCCAAGAGCUUGAGGGUGGAAGCUAAGGAGGUCCGGAAAUGGUCUUCCAGGGACUUCGUUUCUCUGUUUUUCUUCACUCUGUCUUGCUUGUGUCUUGUAGUCGUAAGGGUUAUUUUGUGUAGUUAGUAUGCUUUGAUUGAUCGAUUCAUAUCUUUUGAAACUUAGAUGGGGAAGGGAGGACGGUGCAGAAUGUUCUAUUCUGCGUUUUUUUUUUUUUUUUGGGUUGCAAUGUGAAAGAUAGUUGAAGUCAGAUUAUGAAAUAAGCUGGAUCUAAUAUUCAAAGUCCGGUGUAUAUCAUGUUU